CUCUUCCGGAGGGAACACGUCGCCUUCUCGUGGAUGGAAAAUACAAGAAAUGUCAAGAUAUCUCGAAUAAUAAAACCUCGUGUUUUACUGUGUUUUUAUUGCAAAAAUAAUUGAAAAUUUGGUUUGUUUUGAAAUGUCUGCCGAAGAAAAAUUACUCUGUUACAACCGUGGCUGUGGGAAACAGUUUCUGGAAAGCGAAAAUAACGAUGAUGUUUGCACACAUCAUCCUGGAAUGCCAGUUUUCCAUGAUGCACUAAAAGGCUGGUCUUGCUGUCAAAGAAGAGUUACGGAUUUCACAGAAUUUCUUAACAUAGCUGGAUGUAGAAAGUCGAAACAUUCGAAUGUUAAACCACCUGAACCGGAAGUUAAACCUAAAAAUGCUGCUGCAGAUAUUCCUAUAGCAAGUCAUGGUCAAACCACACACAGGAAAGCUGAAGAAAAAAUUCAAGAAAUUAGACCAAGUGAUGAUCUACCAUAUCAAAAACUAAAGUUUAGUGUCUCGGAUUCACUCAAGAAAGCUUUGGAGAGACACAUUGAAUCCAUUACAAAUAAUGAUGAAAACGUAGAAUCUGGUGUGGUACAGAAAGGAACGACGUGUAAAAAUAAUGCUUGUAAUGAGGUUUAUGUUGAUGAAAACACAAAUGGAAAGACGUGUAAAUAUCAUACUGGCAGUCCUAUUUUUCACGAAGGGUAUAAAUUUUGGAGCUGUUGCAUGCGGAAGACAUCGGAUUUUGAUGAAUUCUUAAAGCAAGAGGGAUGCAGUAGUGGUAAUCAUGUUUGGUUCUUAACAGACGAGCAAAAGAAAAAAGCUGUGAUGUGCCGAUUUGAUCAUUAUCAAAUGGGAAUGACGGUUGUGAUUUCAAUUUAUGCAAAGCUUUGUGAUCCUGCAAAAUCAUUUGUAGAAGCAAAUUGCACUUGUCUCAAAGCAUGUUUCGUUUUUGGAAAUUCUUCAAAAUUUGAUUUAGACAUAAAGUUACAUGGCGUCAUCGACCCAAUUAAAAGCUCAGUCAUAUAUUCUGCAACAAAGGUAGAAAUUAAACUAAAGAAAAGCCAAGCCUCAAAUUGGCCACGAUUGGAACUAAAUUCCUAAUGAGACAAGUUUUGCAACAACGGUAAAGAUGCUUCUGUUUUUUCUCACACUUCAAAUCGCCAGUUGAUAGACUACAGAAUAUGUACUUAUUCACUGCAAAUUUGCAAUUAACAUAUGAUGCCAUCUUGAAGGUGAAAAGCCCAACUUAUCUAUCGCUUAAACUAUUUAGAUAGAAUUGCAUUUCAUUUAUCAAAUACAUGGGUGGAGAAAAUAGAGUUUCAAGUUGUGUUUUUGGGUAACAUGUUGUUAUUCUCCUUUUUCUUACCAAAAUAAAGAAAAAAAGGUAGACAUUCACUGCGAGCAGUGAUGGCCUAGUGCUUUCAAAAAUGCUUAGGUCCUGUUUAUAUGAUCCCGCCUAGCCGGGACGGGACAGUUUCCGAGAUCCCGCUUGUAAUACAAACACUAAUUAGUGUUUAUAUGACCACUUUUCCAUCCCGCCUAGGCGGGAUCCCUGCACUUCCUGCGGGAUCCCGAUUAGACGGGACGAGAAAUUGCCAUAUAAACACUCCAUCG